AAUGAAUGGGGUUGUUAGAUAGGGGAAGUAAUACUAAUUUGUUUAUUAUUAAGUGAUAUUGAUUUGUUAUCUACUUAAAAAAAUUUGAGUGCAAAGUUUAAUGUGAAAUAUAUUGUUAAUUUGAUAUUGAUAUAUGAGGAUGAUAAAACCUAUUUUAAAUAAUAGGAGAUAAUAAUAUAUAGAUAGAGAUGA